AUGGAUAAUGCGGCUGCAGUUGAUAUCCCAGUAGCGCCGGGGAAUACUACGCCUGAGGUUGUUGGCAUCAGAAGGAGCUCAACUGGAAACUUCAGCAUUCAAAAUAGUGAGACGAAGCCUAUACCGAAUUACCUCAGAGUCAGAGCGUUGACAGGUUCUUGCCAUGAUUUCUGCAAAUAUGGCAUGAGACGACAUGAUGUCGAAACAAAGAGCGAGAUGUAUAGAAGACAUGCUAAAACUGCAAAGAGCACACUGCACAAGGAGAAAUUAGUGAACAAAGACGCGGAAAAGAAAGUUCCCACAAAUACCAACUCUGUAUCAGUUUCUGCAAAACAUACUGGUGAUUCCAAAUUGAAGCUUCCGAGUACACAAACACCAGGAUCGACAAAUAGACAAAAUGGCGGAAAUAAGCCAGGCAACUCCAUAUUAAGCAGGAAAACCCGAGUGCCCCCUACUUCUUCACCUUCUAAGGCACCAAGUUUAAAGUCCAGAAACAUUAACAUCCCCAAAAAGGUUCCUAAAUUGGAAAACAAGAAAUCAGAGACCGAGAAAACAACCGAUUAUGAAAAUGUUCCCGAGAAGACAUUGUUUGUCAUUGAUGAAAGCCGAAGUGAUAACCAGAAAACAGAUUCAAGGGCAGAAAAGAGCAGGAGGAUGAGAAAUGAAAACGGGGAUGGAUCACUGAGAAAGCUAGAAUUCAAGAAAGGAAAACUGCUCGAGAUACCAUCUGAGAGUAGUAAUUGCAGGGUACUCAAAAUUAGGCAAGCAAAAACACUUAACGAGAUACCAAAUGAUAAAGCUGAAUGCAAGGAGAAAAACUUGAGGAAACUUGUAUCUGAUGGAUGCUCAAUUGGUACAGAUGAUAAUUUUAGCCGUGUGGUUCUUCGACCCCAGGGUGUAGGCAAAAAAGAUACUUCUCCAAGCUUGUACAAUAGUUUGAUUAAAAAGACUGCAAGUAAACUUGUUCGGACGAGGAAGAGUAGAGUGAAGGCAUUGGUGGGUGCUUUUGAAACUGUAAUUACCCUCCAGAACAACAAAUCCUCAAGAACAUUUAGAACAUUCUAG